UCUGAUAAUAAAAAUUGAGCAAUCCAGAGUCAAAACAGUGUCGCAUCCAUGCAGACGCAACGGAGUCCAGAUAGGCUUAUAAAGAACAGCAGCACGCGCAGGCGCGCACGUCGUCGGAGCUAGCUUGGCAACGACCGACCAUGGUGAUGGCGGAGCCGGAGGAGACCCCGAGAUCCCAGAGGCCGUUGGCGGGCGGUUGCGCCGUGGCCGGCGAUCCGUCCCAGCCCGCGGCGGCGACACCUCGGCGGCUGACGGUGUGGUGCAAGUCGCUGGUGUUCCGCGGCGACGGGUACACGGUGUUCGACGACGCGGACGGACGGAUGGUGUUCCGCGUGGACAACUACGGCGUCGGGCCGGGAAGCAUGGCGCUCAUGGACCACGCCGGCCGCGUCCUCCUCACCGUCCGCCGCCGCCAACGCAAGAUGCUGAGCUUGAUGCCGGAGACAUGGGAGGUGUACAAUGGCGACGUCGACGACGACUCGAACUCGAACGACGGCCACGGUGAGCCGCACCUCAUGAUGAGAGCCACCAAGGACCUGGGCAGGUCCAACUGCACCGCCUCUGUGCAUGCCGUGGACGAGCCACAACUCUACCGCUUGAGCUGGUCCCGGCGGGAGGAGUUUUCGAGGAUCUACCGGCACAGCUCGACCGGCGACGAGACGCUCAUCGCCGAGGUGCGGCGGAAACGAGGGGGUCCAGAGAAGGCAACAUUGCUGGGCAAGGACGUGCUCUCGCUGGUGGUGCAGCCGGGGAUGGACCUUGCCAUCACCAUGGCCAUGCUCAUGAUCUCCAAUUCGUACCGAUGACCCCAACCCACCUGAAUCACCAGGCGAACAAAUGUUCAUGCAUAUAGAAUCUUCUAGAACAUUUCGGAGGUCGUGGAAGAAGAAACACGUCAGUAUACCUAUUGUAAAUCCCCAUAUUCUUUGGCAUUCAUUUCAAUGUUGCAUUCAUCCUUCCAGAACAGUUGCAA